AUGGCGUCUUCUCUUUCUUCAAAUGUGAACUCCACGUUGCAACUGACUGAUGAUAGAUAUUUCAGGUCGAAAAACAGCAAUUCGGUUACUUUGAACAAAGUCACAGAAAAUAUGCACCCGGUGAAAAAUUUAAGUGGCAGUAAAAGGCCAGAUAAAACCACCAUUGAAUUGAUUGACGCUCACGAUAAUUCAAUGGAUAUAUUCGCAACCGGAGAUUUAAGACAUCGGAAUAUGUUUGAUCAGGAAGAUGCAGAUUAUAAACUGAAAGAAUUCAGUGGUACAAUUCAUCCAUUUACUAAAACCCGUCCCUCAUUCCUUAAGAGAUUCAAAUACGAGUUUGGUGCAAUUCUUCAAGAAAGCCAGGCACGAAAAAUAUCUUUCUUUUUAGUUGUAAAUUUUCUGAUUACUUGUAUUUUAUUAUUUUGGUGCCAAUACACUGACAGUAUGGCUUUGACAGCCUAUACAUACCUCACUAUAUUUGAUAUGAUGAGUCUUAUUACAUGUCUAAUUACAAUAUGGGUAAAUAGACAAAAACCAUCACCAAUAUUUUCAUUUGGAUAUGAGCGAUUUGAGGUACUUGCUGUUUUUUCAAGCACAACACUUGCCCAGUUUGGAUCGUUUUUCAUAUUUAAAGAAAGUACUGAAAGAUUAUUACAACAGCCAGAUGUGCAUACUGGUCGGCUACUCCUAGGUGGCGCUGUUGGCUUUCUAUUCCACAUGAUAGUCACUUAUGCUGUAAAUAAUAAAGCGUUUGAUCAUGUGAUCUCUGCAGCCAGCUCUAAUUGGCUUCAAGAACAUUUUGCUGACAUAAGCAGAAGUAUGUGCAGUGUGGUUCCUGGUUUAGAUAAAUUAUUAUUACCACGUGUUAAUCCAUUAGCAUUAAUAGGAUUUGCUGGAGGAUUAUCUGUUUUUGCAACUCAUUUACUUAUAGAAAUCAAUAAUUAUUUCAUUGCUGACACUUUAGCCGCAAUUAUUAUAGCUUUCAUGACAUGUGGUACAAUGUUUCCAAUGAGUGUGUAUACUGGUAAAAUGUUAUUACAAACAACUCCAUCUUAUAUCAUAGGACAACUAGAUAAAUGUCUACGAGAGGCUUCAACAUUAGAUGGUGUAUUAGAAUUUAGAAAUGAACAUUUUUGGACAUUAUCGUUCGGAAGAUUAGCUGGCUCGCUCCAUGUCAGAAUACGAAGAGAUGCUAAUGAACAGAUGGUACUGGCACAUGUCACCAAUAGACUUUCUAAUUUAGUUUCCAUAUUAACAAUACAAGUAUUUAAGGAUGAUUGGAACAGACCAACAACCUCAACAUUUACUGGUAGCUCAUCAAUAUCAUCAUCCAGUUUACCAUUACCAAAAUACACUGCUGCUUUACCCAAAGCCAAUCCUACAGGACUUUACAAUUCCUAUACACCCAGUGUAAAUUUAACCCAACAUCUAAGUAAUAUAGGACUUCCACAGACGCCGAGCAGGGCUGCUAGUACACCAUAUGGGACCCCAGUCACAAAUAAAAAUGUUAGUUUUCAUACAGACAUUGAACCAAUUCCUCAAUUGGCACAAUACAGUGGCAAUGCUUUGCCAUAUAAUUCAGCAUUGAGUAAUCACAUAAGGUUACCCAAUGUUACGAAACCCAGUGCAAUGUACACUGCCAGCAAUGCCUACACAGGAUCACCAUUGGUACAUGUACCACACAAAACUAGAGAUGGGAGAUAA